GCACACCGCAUCUCCGAGCCGCCGCCUCCCCGGCCCCCGCCGCCGCAGUCUCCGCCCGCGGGGAGGGCGCGCUCCGGAGCCGGCGAGGGUGGGGCGCCGCGAGGGAGGGGUCCCGGCGCCGCAGUCGUCGCGGCGCCCGCGACAGCAGCAGCAGCGGCAGCGGCAGCAGCAGCAGGUGGAGCCCCGCUCAGCUGCGAGCAGCACUUGGCCGGAAACCCGCGUCGCCGCAGCAGCCACCCGGCCAGGAGCUGGCCCUCCAGGCUGGAGCCCACGCCGCCCCGGUCCGACCCAGUUUCCCAGGCACCGGGUUACCGAAGCCGGCGGCCGGGGGACGCGGUUUGGGGCCGGGGCCGGAUGCAUCUUUGUGCGCAGAGCUGCGCUGGGAGACUCCAGCCCCCGGCGCAGGGCUAACGGGACCUGGCCCCAUCUCGGCCACCUAAAGACUUGUGCUCCGGGGACAGAGCGGCUGUGGGAUCCGGAGCCCGGGCCCCUGGCCGGACACUGUGGAAGUCUGGGUGGCGUGCUCGCUCCAGAGAGAGAGAGAGGGCUCUUUCCAGAAGACCGGACCUCCUCGCCUGGUCCUGAGUGGAGUCCUCGCACCCGGCGCCUGUUGGUGGCGAGGACCUCUCUAGUUGACACCAGUCUGCGGGUUCUCUGCUGGUUGGGUUUCUUCUUCGGCUAGGGGAACAGUUGCCACCAGCGACCUUCUGUGCCUGUGGGCGCUCCAGGUCCUGGGUGUCCAGUCCUGCCGGAAUUGUCCCGGCUUCGCUGACCCUCAACUCUGACUCUGCUUGUCGUGGGUGCACCUAGCCGUUUGGUUUCCUGCCGGGAGCGCGCAGACUAGACAUCUUUCUGGCUCUCAUUUGGAAAGGCACCGGUCUCCAGGGAGCGGCUGUGUGUGUGUGUGUGUGUGUGUGUGUGUGUGUGUGUGUGGUGGGAUCCGGGGUCCUCAGCCAUGGCCUUCACUUUCGCAGCUUUCUGCUACAUGCUGUCCCUGGUGCUCUGCGCUGCGCUCAUCUUCUUCGCUAUCUGGCACAUCAUCGCCUUUGAUGAGUUAAGAACGGAUUUCAAGAGUCCCAUAGACCAGAGCAACCCUGUUCAUGCGAGGGAGCGGCUGAGGAACAUCGAACGCAUCUGCUUCCUUCUGAGAAAGCUGGUGCUGCCAGAGUACUCUAUCCACAGCCUCUUCUGCAUCAUGUUCCUGUGUGCUCAGGAGUGGCUCACCCUGGGGCUCAAUGUUCCUCUGCUUUUCUAUCACUUCUGGAGGUAUUUCCACUGUCCUGCAGAUAGCUCAGAGCUAGCCUAUGACCCACCAGUCGUCAUGAACGCUGACACCUUGAGCUACUGCCAGAAGGAGGCCUGGUGUAAGCUAGCCUUCUACCUCCUCUCCUUCUUCUACUACCUGUACUGCAUGAUCUACACCUUAGUGAGCUCCUAAUUCAGACCCUGCUGAUGGAGAGGCCAAGGCUGGGAACUACUGCGGCCGUGGCUAGAGGAGCACCAGACGGGGAUGACGGAGAGACCCAGCUGGCAGGGACCAAAUGGAAGGAACAGGAGUCACACAGCAGACAGGGCCAUGCUACUCAUGUGUGUGUUUCUGCCUUCGCCUUUCACAUCCCACAUGGGCUGCAGAGCCCUUCUGAGCAUGGGGGGGUGCCAGCUUGUAGCUGAUGAGACAAUCAAUCUCUGGAGAUGUGGUUCUGCCUUCUUCCAUCCACUCCACUGAGCAGCAGAACCAUGCGAGUUCACAUGGAGAGCUCACCAGGAGGGCAGACAUGACGCCAGACGCUGGAAGGUGUCGAUCCAGGGACAGAAUGGCUCAGGGCCAGAUCUUCAGGGAUGGCUGAGACCCACAAGGUCACCAUGGACUGCCCAAGACUCUUGUCAUAUGUUUUCCAGAGCUGUGGCUGCACCCUUUGCUCAGUGCAAGGCUGAAAGCUGUGUGGACUGCCCUGAGCCACCUCUCACGUCACUUUUAUGCUCUGUGUCCAGGACCCUGAGCCACGGCUUCCUGAGCUUGGUGUGGGCAGCACGUCCUGUCCCGUGUGAACUGGGGAGGGGGAGAAAAUGGAUUUCUAAAAAUGUUUGCAACAUGGCCCAGGUGUGAGUUCUUCACCCUCCCAAGAUGUAUUCUGCCACUGUACCAAAAAUUCAUCAGAGUCAUGACAUGCCAAUCAGCUAGCUGGCAUGAGCCAAAGCCUAAAAAAAAACUCAAAACAGUACAAAGCCCAGAAACGGAGAGCUGCUCUGUAUGUGGGUAUGGACAGCCAGGAAGUGAGACAACACAAUUAUCACUUCCAUUGAUGCUUCACAGCCUUUGUGCUGUUCAAGUCAAUGUGGGGACAUCCGUUUAUUUAGAAUUUUCCACUUGGCUUUUGUUCCUCUUUUGGGUGGGAGUUGCAGGACCAGUGUAAAUACUGACAAGGGUGAGCUUUUAUGAUGCUUAAAUGGGGCACAAUGAUUUUAACUUGAUUCCCCAAACUAUCUUGCUUUCUGCCAUUACACACGCACAUGCACACACACAUACGCGCACACACACACACACACACAAACGCUAUUUAUAUAUGUACUGGCUCCCAUCUGAAUUCUGUGACUCAGGUUUUUGAAUGGUGUUUGUGUAACACAUUGUGUGCUAUGUUUAAGAUGCAGCAGCAACUUCA